CAUAUAAUGCUGGGCACUGUAUAUUCUCAAUUCGAUCUUACAGUUGAACAGGUGUACCCUUUUAUUACAAUGAUGUUCAAAGUGUGUCUUGCUUUGCUGUUUGUGGUAUCAGUACUGGGUCAAGAUCUCUUUGCGGCAGGGUUUGGUUGUCAGAACGAGGGGCAAACAUGUAAUUGGAUGAAUGGUAACACCUGCUGCAAUGGCUUGACGUGUCAGUCCGGUUUGGGUAACAUUCAAAUGUGCAAGAGGAACAUUGGCGGCGGUAGUGGUGGCGGUAUUGGCGGCGGUAUGGGGUGUCAGAACGAGGGGCAAACAUGCAAUUGGAUGAAUGGUAACACCUGCUGCAAUGGCUUGACGUGUCAGUCAGGUUUGGGUAACAUUCAAAUAUGCAAGAGGAACAUUGGCGGCGGUAUUGGUGGCGGUAUUGGCGGCGGUAUUGGCGGCGGUAUGGGGUGUCGUCUCCGUAACGACGAAUGCAUGAUUAACGGCAUAGGUGCCAUGAGAUGCUGUGCAUCCCUCCGCUGUAUGCCUGGAUACAUGAACAGGAUGACUUGUCAGUAGAUGCACACUGAUAUUUUGACAUCCCUGUGCCCCGUGUGCACGGAUUGUUUGACAAUAAAACUGUUUUCAAACCUUA